AUGUCCGCAUUCCGAGUUGCGUUGAUCACCGGUGGUGCAUCUGGAAUGGGACUUGCUGUCGCAGAAGGACUACUGGCACGAAAAGGAUGGCAUGUUUACCUACUCGAUCGUAAUGCUAAAGCAUUUGAGAACCUCGACCCUGAAGUUAAGGCUGCGACUAAUUUCCGCAAUGUUCAUGUUGCGGAUUACGAUAGUCUUGCUGCAGUAUUUAAGGAUAUCUAUAUAUCUAAAGGCCGGAUUAACUUCGUGUUUGCCAACGCCGGUAUAGGGGGUGCACUGGAUUUUUAUGAGACAAAGGAUGGAAUCGACCCACCUCCAAAACCAGAUACCAGCGCCAUAGACGUUAACUUGAAUGGUGUCUGCUACACUACCUAUCUGGCCGCCCAUUAUUUCAAGUUACAAAAGCUUGAAGACGCAUCUGUUGUCAUCACAGCGAGCGAUGCGGCAUUGUAUCCUACUGUCUUCGCCCCGCUAUAUACAGCCGCAAAACAUGGUUUAAUCGGCUUUUUGCGAGCAAUCUCCCCCGUCAUGAUCACUCACAAGAUCAGAGUCAAUGUCAUAUGUCCUGGAGUUGUCCCAACACCAAUCUUGCCGCCCGAGUUACUCAAAAUAUGGCCAGAGGAAAUAAGAACGCCAGUCUCAACUGUGGUAAAUGCAGUGCUCGCUCUUGUGGAUGGGAGGGAUAUGACGGACGCAGUUGGUACGAAGGUUUCUGCAGACAAAUUAUACGGCCAGACCGUUGAGCUUAGCGUUGACAAGAUGUAUUUCCGAUCUCAACCUGACUAUUGUGAUGAAGCCUGUAAACGGGCUGCGGCCGCUGUUAACAGCUUCACUGGAGCAACUUCACUAUAA